AUGGAUGCCAUGGAGGAGGAUACGCCUCCAGCGCCACCGCCACCGCCACCGCCUACAACGGGCGCGAAGCAGCCGCCGUACAAGGAUCCUGACGACGGGAGGCAGCGGUUCCUACUGGAGCUGGAGUUCAUCCAGUGCCUCGCCAACCCCAUCUACAUCAACUAUCUAGCGCAGAAUCGGUACUUUGAGGAUGAGGUGUUCAUCGGGUAUCUCAAGUACCUCAAGUAUUGGCAGCGUCCGGAGUACAUCAAAUACAUAAUGUAUCCGCACUGCCUUUUCUUUCUUGAGCUUCUCCAAAAUGCAAAUUUCCGAAACGCAAUGGCACAUCCAGCAAACAAGGAAGUUGCUCAUAGGCAGCAAUAUUUCUUCUGGAAAAACUACAGGAACAAUAGACUGAAGCACAUCCUGCCGCGUCCUCCUCCCGAACUAACUCCUGCACCUGCCCCAGCACCAGCACCAGUGCCGACACCUCCUCCUGUUCCUGCACCACCAUCGUCUUUGCCAACUAUGUCAGCUGUUGGUGCUUCUGCAAUGCCCCCCAUGCAGUUUAUAGGAACUCCUGGCACCAACAACCCAAAGAAUGAGAUGAGAAAUGUUAUGGGUGGUAGAAAGAGAAAGAUGGGCUAG